AUGAUUACUUCUAAUAACUUGUGGAAAUCAUCAUAUUGCAGUUUAAUUCAAGUGUGUAUGACCCUCAUCAAAUAUUUUCCCCAGGCACUCAUGAACUUCGUGAGGAAAAGCACAGAUGGAUUUAGCAUUGGCAGUAUUCUCCUUGAUUUUUCAGGAGGUGUCUUAAAUUAUUCACAAAUGGUUGUGCAAUCUAUAGAUCAAGAUUCAUGGGUGAAUUUCUAUGGAAACAUUGGUAAAGUAAUGAUAUCCUUGGUAAGUAUAUUCUAUGAUUCAAUUUUAAUGUGUCAACAUUAUGUACUAUAUCGUCACAAGAAAGUGCUUAUUACUCCUGAAAAUUCUAAAGAAAUCAAGAAACCAUUGAUUAGUUCAAGUCCAUUAGAUGAACAAAUUCAUGAUUCAGUUUGA